AUGUCACUGAGACCAAAGAAGGUGGUCUUUGAGACCGUGUUUCCCGAUUUCUGCAAGGAGCUCUCCAAUAUGUAUGAAUUCAAUAAUAUCCAUGUGUCGGGAAUUGAUAUGUUUCAAAUGGUCUAUGAUAUGUGUACAGCCGCUCCACGUCCUCAUACAGAAGCUCUCUUUGAUGGAAUAUCGGAUUUCUUGACUCGACACGCUACGUUGCAGCUCAAUAACCUGCUUCAGUUUGACGACGUAGUCACGGCGUAUGCCACAGAAUGGGACAAGUACUCGACAGCAUCAAGAUUCGCAAACGUGAUUUGUGAAUACUUGAAUCGGCUGUCUAAUAAUACGGCUAGGUCCAUGAAAAGGAAGAGACCGUCUGUUGAAGCGCAUGCAUUCGCAAUAUGGAGAGAUUGUGUAGUCUACGAAAUCAAGAAAACAAAUGCAAACAGACUCAUACUGCAAAUCAUGUCGCUUGUUAAACAAGAUAGGGAUGGGCAGAUCAUACCGCAUGAAGCUACGAGGAAGACUAUUGAUUCGUUUGUGCAACUGAAUCGCGAUGGUGAUACGCCAUUUGAUUUAUACAUUAACGAAUUCGAGAAUGUGUAUCUGGCUCAAACACGGGAAUACUAUGAAACUGAAUCGAACACCGUGAUAUCGACGCUUAACAUAUCGGGUUACAUGUUCAAGGCAAAUACAAGGCUACAAGAAGAAGUCAUAAGGAAUCAGCGGUAUUGUGAUGCGAUGUCUCAUGACAAGAUAAUACGAGAAUGCGAAGCACAGUACAUAGCAGCACAUCAACAACGAGUGCAUGCACAUUUCGAGUCGAUGGUCGAGCACGAGAAUACAUCAGACUGCAACAUGGCAUACAACCUCUUGAGCAGGAUACCGAAUGGUGUGGAUCCACUUUUAGAGAUAUUUGAAAAGUAUAUUGCUCGUGUUGGGAAGGCUAUGGUUGCAGCACUGGGUACCACCGUCACCAAGGAAGCUAAAGAUUACGUAGAAAUGCUGAUGGACUUGCAUUCUAAAUAUCUUAAAUUCGCUACGGACGCCUUCCGAACAAUAGUAAACGACACGACAUCAAACCCUAAUGCACGAGGUCCAGAAGUCUUGGCGAGAUAUUGUGAUUCGAUAUUACGCAAGACGACCAAGACGAAUCUAACGGAUGGUGAAUUAGAAGAUAGGAUAUCAAGAAUGAUGACACUCUUCAAAUACGUUGAUGACAAGGACGUCUUUCAAAAGUUUUAUUCGAAGAUGCUGGCUAGAAGGUUGAUCUUCGAGUCUUCUGUGUCGGAUGAGGCUGAGAUUAGUAUGAUAUCAAAGCUCAAAGUUGCAUGUGGAGUCGAAUACACUACAAAACUACAACGGAUGUUUACAGAUAUGAAUGUUAGCAAUGAUCUUAAUGCUACAUUCAAGAGCUUUGUGAAUAAUAAUGGUGUGCGCUUGGCUGUCGAAUCCAAUAUGAUGGUUUUGACUGCCGGAUCAUGGCCUACAUUUGGGAAGCCUCUUGAAUUGCUUUCAUUGCCGGCAGAGCUCGAAAGAUCUGUCUUAACAUUCACCAAUUUCUAUAUUCAUCAUCAUAAUGGAAGAAAGUUGACGUGGUUACAUCAGUUAGCUAGAGCCGACGUGAAGCUCUCUGGAUUUGACAAGAGAUACGAACUGAAUGUUUCAGUGCCUCAAUUGUCACUGCUUCUGAUGCUCAAUGACGAAAAGAAGCCUACUUGGAAGGAGUUGAAGGAGGCAUUGAAAAUGAACCAUGGAGAUUUGUCAAAGCAUGCUAAGCCAUUACUGGAUAUACGGCUCAUAUCAACUUCAUCUGAAGCGUUGGGCGAUGAUGCAACCAUAUCUGUUGGUCAAGAGUUUUCAAGUAAACGAACGAAAAUCAAACUAUCGGCAAUGCUACAACUGGAAUCACCACAAGAGAAUGAUUCUACUCGAAGAGCUGUAGAUGAGGAUCGUGCUAUAUACCUGCAGGCCGCUAUAGUUCGAAUUAUGAAAUCCAGAAAACGACUGGCUCAUCAACGACUUGUCCAAGAAGUCUUGGCUCAAGUCUCCUCUCGCUUUGCACCACCUGUACCUGCCAUCAAGAAGGCGAUUGAGUCGUUGCUUGAGAAGGGGUAUAUCGAACGACCGGGUGAAGCUCCCGAUCAUUAUGAUUAUCUUGCGUAA